UUCUGCAUGUUUUUGAUGAAUUGUUUGUUGCAUCGUAUUUGGCGUCGGUCUUUGUUAAAUCAGUUUCCAAGGAUGGCAAAUCCUCCUCCGAGGAAAGUUUCUUCUAACAACAGCAAAGCUUCCAAACAAGAUGCUACUCCACUGCGUAUUCUCCUCCAAAUGGGCUUCCCGAAACAACGGGCUUUGAAAGCUUUGGCAGCCACAGGCAACCGCAGCGUCCAGUUGGCGUCCGACUGGCUGAUGACGCACGUCAACGACGCCUACAUUGAUGCUGACGAGCCGCGAGAGUACAUCCUCUAUGCCAGCCCUACAGGUCCCUUGCUGGCUCAAUUGCUAGAAUUCUGGGACAAGUCUAAAACUACAUGUGGCUGGAAUGGCGCACAUAAUUUCCCACCACACAUCACCCUGGUUUCAUUCUUUAAGGCACCAGAUGAAACAUCACUGCAGAUAGCAAAAGCUGUGAAACAUGUAGUAGAGAGUGUGGGGGACCCCCCAGCAUGCCCGCUCAAACUGGAGCACUAUGUGUCUCACAACUUCAUGGGGCUGUUUGUGUCCGAACCACAUGCUGACUACCUGAAGAAGAUUGCUGUUCAAUAUGUGAAGCAAGUCUCUUCUGCCUUGGGCGUAUCGGUGGAUACGUAUGAACAUUUGAAUACCUUGGGGACUUGCUUUCCUUGGUGUGCCAUGCCACAAGAAAAACCCAUUAAAUCGGUGAAUUUGGAGCCGCACGUGAAGUCGCUGCACAUAACGUUGGCGUACCACUUCGACGUGACCGCUUUCGACGCUCUGCAGUCGCUGGUUGGGGAGCUUCGUCCUCUGGAAAGCCCUGGCUGGGAGCUCCGCCUCUAUUCCAGAGACCCACGCUUUGCUAACCACCAGGUGUACAAGGUGGUGCAGAGCUAUACGGCGAAGGCGAGCGACGAGCUGGAGCUGGUAUUGGGGGACUACAUCUACAUGGAGCAGAAGGAGCUUGACGCCUCGCCCGAUGGAUGGGUGCACGGCACUUCGUGGCUUACGGGUGUGAGCGGGUACCUGCCGGCAGUGUACACCUGUCGCACGGCAGAAUCCGACGCGUGGACGCUACACCGUGCCAUAUCUCUUGGGAAUAACAACGGGGCGGAUUGUAAGUCGGAGUCGGACUCUAACACGGACGGCGAGAUGGCGAGCUAUCCGCACGAAGACGCAGCCGAGCUGGGCCACGAGAAGUCUGAGGAAUCCUACAAGGAAUGGGAGAAGUACUGGAACACAGUGAGGACAGAAAAGAAGGCGAGCAUUAUGGACGUUACACAUGGCACCAGUAUCGACUGGCAAUCAAACACACAUCACUCAAACGGGGACAGUGACACCAAAUCGGCCAAAAAUUCGACAAAGUCCAACGGCGCCGCAUCCAGGCGUUGGAUAUUCGCCAUGCGCCACGGAGAGAGGGUAGAUCUGACAUAUGGACAGUGGGCGCCAUAUUGUUUCGAUGCAAACGGGACUUACAUCCGGAAAGAUCUCAAUAUGCCGCUGACGCUCGGCGAAAGGGUGGGCGGCAUAGACUCGUACAUCAAGGAUACGCCGCUGACGCGCGUGGGGCGGCUGCAAGCGUACCUGGUGGGUGAGGGACUGCGGCUGGCGGGCGUCAAUGUGUCGCACGUGUACGCCUCCUCCGCGCUGCGCUGCGUCGAGACUGCGCACGAGUUCCUUGAAGGUUUGCAAGCCGGCCCGUCAGUGAAAGUGAAGGUGGAGCCGGGGUUGUUCGAGUACAAGCUGUGGCACAUGUCCAAGGGUAUCUCUCCGUUCAUGACGCCGCUCGAGCUGCACAAGGCCGGCCUGAACGUCGAUCUCGAGUACAAACCGUAUAUUGAUCUGGACAUCACCACGUCUGAGACGCUCGAGGAGUUCUACGAGAGGAGCGAGAAGGUGAUGCACUCCGCUGUGCAGGACACUGAGGCUGAUGGUGGCAACAUAAUAUUCGUCGGACACGCAGCCACCCUGGACCUGACAGUUGUGGCUUUGAAGAAUCUCGGUGAAGAGCAGAAGAAUCGUACUCCUUACACGAUCAACAAGCACCUGCUGCGCGUGCCGUACUGCGCGCUGGGAGCCAUGAAGGACAAGCCCUGGCAGGUAGUGUCGCCGCCCUGCCCACCCUCUAUCAACUCCAGUUCCGGAAGGUUCGACUGGAAAAUUCUCCUAGAAUUAUAAACGGCCAAUGUAGACGUAGUAGAAUAAAACAAGGGUGCAUUGUGGCUAUGCCACACCCUGGACACUCCAUACAAAAAUCUCAUUUGUAAACCUAACCUAUUGCGCAAGUGCGAGCGAGACAGCCAAUCCGCUCUCCCCCUUACUCCUUAGCGGUUUACGGCCAUUUAAGACCCAGAGGGAGUGAGGUGCACGCCCGAUACGAAAUGACGUGGGCGAAAAGUUACCGUUCUAUACGUGGUAUUAUUCUAUGACUCUUAUGCAGAAUUCUGAUCUGAUUUCCUAAGUUCGUUAGAUCAAAAUAUAUGCGUGAAAUAAGUAAAUACAGAUUUAUUUUGUACAUAUUCGUAUGUAACUACAUAAACUCAUGAAUUUCGUAAUAGAUUGGGCAGAGCCACAAAGAUAGUAUGGAUCCGCAUAGUGACAGGCGACCAGCCCAUCGCCCAUAUAAUAGACCUCUUUAAAACCACGUGAUUUCGAUGGAUAUGGCAAUCUCCCACCAGUUACUACGAUUUUCGUACGAACCAGAUACAUUUUAUCAUUGUAUAAGAAAACCAGGUAUGCUCAAACGUGACAGCUAACAUUUCAAAGUUAGUCCAACUGACGUCAUCCCACCCUGCGUUGCCAUUUUGUAAAAAAAUUACCCACAACCAAUGUUUUUAUAUUUACUUUGCAAGGAAAUUUUGAACGUUUAGUAAAAGAUUUUCUUACAGUUUUAAUGAUUUUUAUGUAUGUGACAAGUAAUUAAAUACAUUAGUCAGUAAUUCACUUAAUUUUCAAUAAUAAAGCUUACGUCCUUGGAAUGUUGGAGAUACCAAUAUAAUGGUAACACAGUGGAAACACUUACGUCAUCAAAGGGCGAUGGCGGCUUGUCAUAGGAUUGAGCAACCGGGUCUUCUUAUAUUAUGCAUUUUAUCAUCUCGCUCUUUGGCAUGACCUUGUUUAAUUCUACCAUGCUAUAAGUCCGGUUGUGAUGAUGAUGUGUGAUAUGUUCUACUGAAUGCAUGUUUUUUUUUAUUUCUCUUUCGUAUAAAAUUGUGUUUCUUUCGCUAUUUAGGUAAGAAUGGAUUUUACUUUUUUGAUUAGCGUGUUUGGUUUAGUAGCUAGUUAACUUGCUGAUUUGGGGUGUUUAAUGCGACUUCACAUUGGAAAAACAAUGUUUUGAAAAGUAACAACAAGAUAACAUAGCCUUAACGCCCUGAAGGGGCCUACCGCCCCUUCCUAGAGGUGUGUAGUAUAUAAACCCACUUGUCUGCUAUAUUUGUCUCAUGUAAUAGGGGGCAAGCCCGGACACAUAUCCUGAAAAAAAAAAACGCGCG